AUGAGAUUGUAUACAGUUUUACAAUUGGGUAUCUUAUUGUCCAUAGCUUUAGUCAUAUUUUACCUCUACAGUAUUAGAUUAUUGAAUAAUAGUGAGAAUUACAUAGAGGAAGAACUUGUAGAAGUUAACAAUGAAGUCACCACAGAAAGAAUCACCUUCACAAAAAAUGAUAUUGUUGUUGCUGUGGUCGCCUGUGGAGACAGGCUACAAGAAACACUCAAUAUGUUGAAGUCUGCACUGAUGUUCAGUAAACAGAAACUCAAUUUCAUUGUUGUUUCAGAAGAUAGACUUAUAGAGAGCUUCAAUGAAAAGUUAGGAGAAUGGAGAUCAUUUCUGAACAAUGGAUUCACAUUCAGAGUUUUGCCUUUAACUUUUCCAUCAGAUAACCCCUUAGAAUGGAAAAAACUGUUCAAACCCUGUGCUGCCCAAAGACUAUUCUUGCCAAGUAUAUUAGAAAAUGUAGACUCUAUUUUAUACAUGGAUACAGAUACUUUAUUUUUGACUCCAGUGGAGACUGUAUGGGAACAUUUCCAUACAUUUAAUUCUAGUCAGAUGGCUGCUUUGGCCCCAGAGCAUGAAGAUCCAAAUGUUGGAUGGUAUAACAGAUUUGCUAAACACCCCUAUUAUGGAAAAUUAGGAGUUAAUUCAGGUGUGAUGUUGAUGAAUUUAACAAGAAUGAGGGCAUUCAAAUGGAAAGAAUAUGUUGUGCCAAUUUACAGGAAAUUCAAACAUCAAAUCACAUGGGGAGAUCAAGAUAUUAUCAACAUUAUAUUUCAUUAUCACCCUGAUAAAUUAUUCAUCUACUCAUGCAGAUUUAACUAUCGUCCAGAUCAUUGCAUGUAUACAAGUGUUUGCAAGCCCGCUGAAACACAGGGGGUCGCUGUAAUCCAUGGUUCCAGAGGAUUCUUCCAUUCGGAAAAGCAGCCCAUUUUUCAAGCAGUUUACAGAUCAUUCGAAGAAUUCCAACUGGGUGGAGACAUUUAUAGGGAGUUUUAUCAACCACUGGAGGUAUACUUGGAAGCGGCCCAAAAUAACAACUGUGGCAACGUCAAGGAUAUUUUUCUCAAAAAUAUAAGAAAGUAUAUGGACCUCGAAUUCGAUAAUACAUGA